AUGGAAGCACCUAGUAAUCAGACUUCAGGUUCAACUUAUACUGUGCGUGAGAAAGUGGACAUUGCUUGGAAUCAUUUUACUGAAGUUAAAGGAGCUGAUGGGAAGAAACAAUUUAAAUGUUUACAUUGUGGUAUUUCAUACAAGGGAGGAGGAAUUAAUAGAAUGAAACAACAUUUAGCAGGUGUAAAGGGGAAUAUAGCUGCUUGCAAGAAGGUCCCACAUGAUGUUAGAUAUCAAAUGCAUGAAAACUUGAAGGAAAUUUCAAGAAAAAAACAACAAGCACAGGAAGAGUUGGACACUACGCCAUUUCCUGUGGAUGAUGCUAUAGAUGAAGAGAGAGAUUCAUGUUCUCUACCAAAAACACAAUCUUCUCAAGCACAUGAGAGUAAAGGAAAAAGAAAAGCUUCCGAUAUGGAUACCUUCUUUGCCCCUAGAACUACACGAGGUUCCCAACCUUCAAUUAAGAGUGCUUUAGCAACUAAGGAAGUUGUGCACCGUGCAGAUAUGGCAUUAGCAAGGUGGUUUUUUGAUUGCUGCAUUCCUUUCAAUGCUCUUAAUUCAAUAUAUGCACAGAAAGCGAUUGAUGCCAUUACUGCAAUAGGUCCUGGUUACAAGCUCCCCAGUUAUCAUAACAUGAGAGUAAACUUACUUAGGGAUUGUAAGGAAGAAUGCAGGCUACUCAUUGAUGGUUAUAAACAAACUUGGAAGGAAACAGGUUGUACACUUAUGGCAGAUGGAUGGACUGACAGUAGGAGUAGAACUCUAAUCAAUUUUUUGAUAUAUUGUCCUCGUGGUGUUUCUUUUUUAAAAUCUGUUGAUGCUUCAGACAUCACAAAGGAUGCUUCCACUUUGUGCUCUUUAUUUAUUGAGAUUGUUGAGUGGGUUGGUCCAGAGAGUGUUGUUCAAAUAGUUACUGAUAAUGCUGCUAAUUACAAGAAGGCAGGUCAACUGUUACAUGAAAGAUUCAACAAUAUAUACUGGUCACCUUGUGCUGCACAUUCAUGGCUUAGGAGAAGGCCAGGUUGGAAGGAGAUCGUGCGUCCUGGAGCUACCCGCUUUGCAACAACCUUCAUAACUUUGAAAAGUGUAUAUGAGCACCAUCAUGAUCUACAAGCACUAAUUACAAGCAAGUUCUUUACGGAUUCGAAGAUAUCCAAAACCUCUAAGGGAAAGGAAGUUGCUUCAAUUAUUUUGGACUUGAGGUUUUGGGAUAAUUGUCUUAUUAUUUCAAAGAUAUCGGGCCCCUUGAUUAGGUUAUUGCGUAUCGUUGACUCUGAUGAAAAACCAUCCCUUGGAUAUCUAUAUGAUGGCAUGUACAGGGCAAGGAAAGCUAUUAAAGCUCUGUUCAGAAAUGUAAAUAGAUCAUAUAAGCCUUUUACUAUUAUAAUCAAAAGAAGAUGGGAUACUCAAUUAAGAUAA